GUGCACCCUUGCUCCAGACGUGGAGAAGGGCAUUUCUAGGUAUGUCUAAGGCCAUAUGCCAGGGGAGGAGCGGGUUAACUGUCCCCUGUCACCUCAGUUCCUGGCAGUGUUACACGGUGGGCUCUGCUACAUAGCGGCAGCCAGUGGGGGUCAGCCCUCGGCAUGUCAUCCGCUGCCCUGGGCUGAGGUAACGAGGCGCUGAGCCCGGGCCGCGCAUGCACGUCGUCAGAGCAGCCCCGCGCGCCGCCUGGAAGAGGAGGAGGAUUAGGAGGAAGACGAGCCCCGGUCGCCCCUCUCCCAUGCUGCUAUCGCCACAGCCGCCGCCGCCGUUGUUGUCGUCGUCGUCGUCCCCGCAGCUCUCGCCCUGUCCGGCCGGUCAGCUUCUCCGUUUCUUCUCUGUGGCCGGAGCACACACCCAUAGAGCUGCCAGUGCCCGGCGAGCGGGUGAUGGGGGGGAGGGAGGGUUUGGGGGGAUUACCGGGGACAUGCGUGGAGCAUGUAGCGCGUUCCUACAGCCAGGUGAGCGCUCAGGCGGCGGAGUGAAGGACCCGGAACCCCGCGCGCACAGGCAAGGCGUGCUUCCCGGAGUAAUCUCCAGUCUGGCACUUGUCCCCGCCCCCGUCCGGGCUCUGGAAGGGGCGGGUGUUUGGAGACUAGACUUGCUUUGACGGCGAUGACGCUGCCCCCUGCGUCCCACAUAAAGAAGUAGGCAGGAGGGGAGCCGGACAGUCGGGGAAACUUCUGCGCUCGCACUUCGGGAUCCCGUACCAGAGGAGACGAGCGGCCGGGAGAACAUGUCCUGCCCCGGGGCGCCUCGCGCUGGCUGAGCCUCCUCCAGGAACAGAGUUUGGACAUAAUUUUCGGUCUGGGGAGUCUUCUGCAGCUUAAGGAGGAUUGUUGUGGAUUUUUUUUUUAUUUUUAUUUUUUAUUACUUUUUGCUUCUACUUGGAAACUUUUUGUUUUCGGACCCCAUGAUCCCCAGGACUCAACGAAGUUCUUGCGCAGGACAAGCAGAUUGUAUCUAAUCUGGCUUCUUUUGAGGACUGCUUUGCAUUGAUUUAGGAGCACAAAGCUUUGUCAUGGAUCUGAGGCCUACCGUUCUCUUUCUAUUCUGGACUUCCCUAUCAUUACAACUGAAAGACUUGGCCGGACAUAAGGUCUAUACAAACACAUGGGCAGUCCACGUACCAGGUGGUCCUGCAGUGGCUGAUCGGAUAUCCAAAAAAUAUGGCUUCAUUAACCACGGCCAGAUCUUUGAGGAUUAUUAUCAUUUUCAUCAUCGGGCUGUGGUGAAGAGAUCUUUAACACCUCAUAGAACCAGACAUUUCAUGCUAAACCGAGAUCCUCAGGUGCACUGGGCAGAACAGCAGGUGGCAAAGAAAAGAAGGAAAAGAGAUAUUUUUACAGAACCAACAGACCCAAAAUUUCCACUGCAGUGGUAUUUGUAUGAUGCAAGCCGUCAUGAUUUACAUGUGAACGAAGCUUGGGCUCAGGGUUACACUGGUAAAGGCAUUGUGGUCUCCAUCCUGGAUGAUGGUAUUGAAAAGAACCACCCAGACUUGCAAGGAAAUUAUGAUCCAGCUGCCAGCUAUGAUGUCAAUGACCAGGAUCCGGAUCCACAACCUCGAUAUACGCAGCUCAAUGAUAAUAGGCAUGGAACCCGCUGUGCAGGAGAAGUAGCUGCUGUGGCAAAUAACGGCAUAUGUGGUGUUGGAAUAGCUUAUAAUGCGAAGAUUGGAGGUGUUCGGAUGCUGGACGGUGAAGUAACAGAUGCAGUUGAAGCAAGAUCACUAGGGCUAAACCCCAACCACAUUCACAUCUACAGCGCCAGUUGGGGACCAGAAGAUGAUGGAAAAACUGUAGAUGGCCCAGCCCAUCUUGCCGAAGAGGCCUUCUUCAGAGGUGUCAACCAGGGUCGUAAUGGUUUGGGCUCUAUAUACGUAUGGGCUUCUGGGAACGGUGGGAGAGAACACGACAGCUGCAAUUGCGAUGGCUACACAAACAGCAUCUAUACAUUGUCCAUUAGCAGCACCACCCAGCUGGGCAAUGUGCCGUGGUACAGCGAGGCCUGCUCCUCUACACUGGCAACCACAUACAGCAGCGGCAACCAGAAUGAAAAGCAGAUUGUAACAACUGAUUUAAGGCAGAAAUGUACAGACACUCAUACUGGAACAUCUGCGUCCGCCCCUCUGGCUGCUGGAAUCAUUGCUCUAGCUCUGGAAGCAAAUAAUAAUCUCACAUGGAGAGAUAUGCAACAUCUAGUGGUGCGGACCUCAAAUCCAGCGCAUCUCAACACGAAUGACUGGAUCACAAAUGGAGUUGGUCGGAAAGUCAGCCAUUCUUACGGCUAUGGUCUACUGGAUGCUGGCGCCAUGGUUGCUCUGGCUAAGAACUGGACCACCGUGGGACCCCAGAGAAAAUGUGUUAUUAACAUUCUCACAGAAUCUAAGGACAUAGGGAAGCGAUUGGAGGUCAGGCGAAAAGUGGAACCCUGCAACGGGAUGUCCAAUUACAUCAGCACCUUGGAGCAUGUUCAAGCCAGGCUAACAUUGUCCUACAAUCGCAGAGGAGACCUCGCCAUUUAUCUGACAAGUCCUAUGGGCACCCGCUCCAGUCUGCUGGCACCUAGGCCUCACGAUUAUUCUGGCGAUGGCUUUAAUGACUGGGCUUUUAUGACCACACAUUCUUGGGAUGAGGACCCUGCAGGAGAGUGGGUUCUAGAGAUUGAAAACGCAAGUGGAAACAAUAACUAUGGAACCUUGACGCAGUUUAUGUUGGUAUUGUACGGUACCGCCUCUGAUCCGCCAAGCAUUUCCAACCAAGUUGACGGUGGCGGGUGUAGAACCGUUGCCUCGGGCCAGUCCUGUGUCGUUUGUGAAGAAGGCUUCUACCUGCAUCAGAAGACCUGUGUGAAGUCUUGUCCACCUGGCUUCACUGGCAGCGUCCAAAGUAUCCAAUACACACUGGAGAACAGCAUAGAGCCACUGCUGGCCAAUGUUUGUGUGGCAUGCCAUCCUUCCUGUUCCACCUGCAAAGGCACUAGUCUAAAUGACUGUCUUAGUUGCCCUGCACACUCACACUACAAUGAGCUGGACUUCUCCUGUUCACACCAGGCUCAGAUUAGCAGAGAAUCUCCACCAUUGAAAGAGGUGGUUGAAGAAGCUGCUGCCAUGACCUCAAACUUACCAAUAAUUGUGGCCAGCCUUAGCUGUGUCAUGAUUGUCGUCAUGUUUGUCUCAGUCUUUUUGUUCCUUCAAGUGCGCUCUGGGGUUAUCCUGGGCAAGAAGAAAUUGUAUAUGUUGGACAGUGGGAUCAUCUCUUACAAAGGGAUCCCGUCAGACAUGUGGCAUGAAGAAGGAUUCUCGGAGUCUGAAAUAGAGGAGUUUGAUCCUCACAAUGAGAGAACUGCUUUUAUAAAGCAACAGAGUGCCCUUUGACAGUUGUGACAUCAGCCCAAAACGUCAUGAUACAGACUCCAUUUAGGUUUGCUUUUAACACUGGACCCGUCUUUGUAGGUACUGAGGUAACCAUCAACAUUAUGAUGAGGAUUAUUCCAUCCAGUGCUCUGGCGAAAGUCCAGGAAAUGCCUAAAGUUUAAUUUUCUCAAGCAUUUUUUUUUUCCCCUCCAUCUUCCACCUUUGUCUGACUCGUCUUUGUGUGGGUUUGUAUCAUUUUUUUUUUUUAUUCUCAUUUCCCAGGAUGAUAUUUUUAAACAUACAGUGCCUAUGAAAUGUCCAUACUAGUUUCUGUAGAUUUCCUUACUUGACUUUGAAGCAGGUACCAUGAACCCUUUCAGUGCCAGAAUGAGCACCUAUUCUUCAAUAAUGCAAUGGUAGUUGUGAUUUAUUCCCAGCAAGUAAGUACAAUGCGAGAGGUAUUGUGGAAGCGCAGAAAAUGAAUAGCCUGGCUGACAGGAACCUCCUUGUAGGUUGUAAAGCAUUUUACAACAAUUCAGUGGAAAGCAGUACAUCAAAGUCUCAGUUCUGGAUUGGUAAUCUAUGUAGAGAAGCAAGGUCAUGUCUCAUACACUAAUAGGAUCGUCUGCCUGGGCUUGGCAGAGGGAUAUCCCAGUCAACACGCUGCAGAAUGUUAAUGUGCUACAGAGAGUAGCUUGCAUUGCUGCCGUUUCUAGGACGAACAUAUAGUCGCACUUUAGGGGAGCACGCAAUCAUAGGAUGUCUGCAUUUUGUAAUAGUGAAAAUAAGGUUUAGAAACCAUGUCUAUAGGUUAGUCUUGGAGAAAGGCCUGCAGCACAGUUCAGUACUGUGGACCGUGGGAGAAAUAUUGGGUGCUUUGCUUGUUUUUCAGCUCUUCAUGUUCACACGGGUUAUGUGUAGGCUUCCUGCAGUUUGGUGAGGAUUUGUUAUUGCCACCCGCCCUGGCACCACUGAUUUCCAUCACAGACUGAGGGGGACCACACAGUAUAGAUACAUAUGUAGGCUCUAGUAUAUAGAAUAUUUUCCAAAACGUCUUGGUAAUGACAAAAGGAUGAUAAUUGCUGCUUAGACUGUUCACCAAAUGUCUUCUCCAUUGUGAGAAAUGCUGCUAUAUCUUUCGAGGAGGUGGAGAAUGCCAGAGUAGGAAAUACCAAAUCAGACCUCUGUAAUCUCCUGAAUCCCAUGCAUAGCCUAUUCCAAAUCUAUGAUUUUCUUUUUUUUUUUUUCUUUUUAUUGCUGUAGAACAGGGGGUCAGCAACAUCUGGCACCCCAGCUGUUGUGAAACUAAAACUCUCAACUUGCUCAAUACCCUUAUGUGAGAGCUCCUAAAACGGCUGAGCAAGUGUGCAUGCUGGGGGUGGUAGUUUCAGAACAGCUGGGGUGCUGGAGGUUGCUGAUACUUGCUGUAGGAUGAUUUAAAAUGUAAUGGAUUUGAUUGUGUUCAUUGUAUGUCAGUAAUGUAAAAGGGAGGUAAACUGUGUUUGUGUGGAUUUUUCAGUGUGUGUUUAAAUUAGUUGGUUUUUUUUGUUUUGUUUUUUGAGAUAGGAUGUUCUUUGACUUUUAGUCUCUUGUUCUCCAUACAUUCCAGAUUUAUGCCUUGUAAAUAUUGUGGUUGAAAGCUCUACUAAUCAUUAACCUUAUGGAACCAUCUACAGUAGACUUGGGAUGUGUUCACGUGUGUCAGAUCGAACAUUGAAUUUGGAUGGGAUUCUGUGUCAAAAUGUCAGUCAAAUCAAACAGCAGUUCGCAUCCCAUGUAUGUGCGUGGGGUUUCGGCAACUGUGCUCACAUGCUAUGGAAAUUUUCUGGGUA